AUGCGUGUUCUCGAGCUGUUGAUUGUACUGUGCUUUACAACACUUCUACCAGCUCAAUCCCAGGAAUGUGUUGAGAAAAUAACGGUUUCCGAUACCCCGGUGGAUAUAACACGCUCACUUGCAUCGAAGGAAGGAAGUCCGAAAACAUGCAUCAUUCAGUUCACAACAGACAGCGGAUUCAGACUAAAGCUGAAUAUUACUGAUGUUACGAAAUUGCCCUCAACGGAUUCACAAUGCACAUUUAAUUACGUCAAGUUUGCGGAUGAUGAAGCUGGUCUCGCUAAUGCUAAGGCCUAUUGUGAUAAAGAUAAGGUCCCAGGAUUCGAUUCCAAGGGAAAUCAAAUGGUACUUCAAUAUCAAAUGACAUACAUUGACAAAGAAGUUAGUUUCAGUGGAAAUGUAAAACGAGUUGACGCACAAGCCUCGUGUGGUACGUCUCCCGAAUCAUUUGAUGGUUCCGAACAAGUGUUUCAAUUCCCGUUGGAUCAAAAGCCAAUGGAACUCGAUGUCGAGUGCACGUAUAAAAUUGUAAACAACAAAGGGGGAAAAAUCAGCGCAAAGAUUGAACAUAUGAAGCUUGCUGGGACUACCCCUUGUUCAUCGGAUUAUGUGGCUUUGAGUAGUACCGCGAAUCCAAGUUCGACAAGUGAAUACGUUAAAUGUGGAUCAACUGUACCCACUGACAACUUUACGACCACAGGAUCGGAGUUGUACUGGAAAGUCAAAGUGACCGAAUAUGCGAAUCAACCGUAUUUGAGUAUGAUUAUUAAAUCAAAAGCCGGAUUCCGAAAUUCGAAUGUGCUCAUCACGUUUGCUGCAAUGAAUAUUCUGUGUACAUUCCUCUGUCAAUGA